AUGUUCGCUGCCACAACAUCCGCCAGCCUCCUCGCCCUCGCCGGCUCCGCUUUCGCCGCGGGCCUCAACGCGUCCACCGUGGCCGAGAUCGUCCAGGAGCUCCGUCUUGCGCCAACCAAGGUCGACCAGUUCAAGAUCACCACCGACGAGCUCUCCGUCUUCGACUUCAACGCGGCGCAGAAGGGCGACAUCGGUGUUACCACUGGUGUCGCGGGCCACACCGUCGCCGCUGACUCGGCCAACUUCCCGGCCGUAGUCGGUAAUGGUGUCUCCAUGACUAUUGGGUACCUCGGCCCGUGCGGCAUGAACUCCCCGCACACCCACCCGCGCGCAACAGAGAUCAACUUCUCCGUCAACACCACCCUCCGCGGCGGCGUCCUAAUCGAGAACGGCGCGCGCUUCGCCGAGAUCGACAUCCGCCCGGGCACCGCGACGAUCUUCCCGCAGGGCGCGAUCCACUUCGAGAUGAACCCGACGUGCGAGGAGGCGAUGUUCGUCGCGGGCUUCAACGGUGAGAACCCGGGCGUGCAGCAGGUCGCGCAGCGCUUCUUCGGUCUGCCGCCCGACAUCGUCGGCGCGGCCCUCGGCGGCCUCGGUGUGCAGGAGGUCCUCGACCUCGAGGCGUUCAUCCCCGACAACGUCAUUCUCGGCGUCGACGAGUGUCUCCAGCGCUGCGGUAUCGAGCGCACGAGCCAGCCCGGCGCACAGCGCCAGCCCCGCGUCUCUGCGAACGCGUAUCCGCCUACGAUCUCGGCUGUAAACGUUAAUGAGCUCCCUGGAUCGGUGGACCCGCCUGCGUCGGCUGUGUUUGUUGCUGAAGGCGCGAAGCCUACGGGCUUUGCGGACGAUUAUGUGCCGGUUUGCGACUCGCCGCUCGACUGUGAUGCUGCGGCUUCUUCCGUCCUCGCUACGGCCGCGCCGCUCCCCACUGCUGCUGCUGCGCCCGCCGGUCGCCGUGAUGUUGUCGAGGAGCGCUCGCCUUUCCCUGAGGUUACUCAGAUCGCACUCCGCCGGUGA